UGGGCUCUUAGGACGGCAUUUAGGGCGAUUAAUAGGUUGGAGGGUUUUAAGGGCGUGACGUUUUUGAGGUCUUUAGCCCCACAGCAUUUUGAAAAUGGGGCUUUUGAUCAGGGUGGAGAGUGUGUGAGGAAAGAGCCGUUUAAGAGGAAUGACACGAUUGUGGGGAAGUUUAAGAUGAUAGGUAUGUAUGAUAUUGAGAAGGAAGAAUUUGCAGUGGCAGUAAAGGAAGGGAGAAGGGAAUUUAGAUGGUUUGAUGUAACAGAGACAAUGUUGUUGAGAGCAGACGGGCAUCCUAAUGGGUAUGGUCAUUGGCCCAAUCCAAACGUGAGAAUGUAUAAUGACUGUAUGCAUUGGUGUUUGCCAGGGCCAAUUGAUACAUGGAAUGAUUUCUUGUGGGAGUUGCUCAAAAGGGAGACACAGGAUUAG